AUGAGCAGCACAGGGGAGACGCCAGCUGCUGAGGUGUCAGCAGCAGCUGCAGCAGCUGCAGCAGGCGCAGCAGGCGCAGCAGCAAAACAGCUAAUGGCAGCAGAUGGAGCGGAUGCACACGCUGUGGCACCAGCAGCAGAAGCAGCAGCAGCAGAGGCGGAAGCCGCUGCAGCAGAAGCUGCAGCGCCAGCAACUGUGGAAGCCGCUGCAGCAGAAGCUGCAGCUACACGAGUAGCAGCAGCAGAAGCAGCAGAGGAGGCAGCAGCAGCAGAAGCAGAAGCAACAGCAGCAGAAGCAGCAGAAGCAGAAGCAGCAGCAGCAGAAGCAGCAGCAGCAAGUAGCCCGGAGCCUGCAGAGGCCCCCCAACCAGACUCUAAUGCUGAAAGCCGAUCCUCUCCAGCAGCAGCAGCAGCAGCAGCAGCAGGAGCAGCAGCAGCAGCAGACUCAGGCUCGCCCUUAGCAGCAGACGCAGCUCUUGAGGAGCAGCAGCAAAAGCAGCGGCCGAAACGGCAGCAGCAACCAAAACAGAAGCAGCAGCAGCAACAACAACAACAACAGCAGAAGAAGCAGCAAGAGAAGCGGCAACAGCAACAGUCGGAAGGGCAGCAGCAGCAGCAGCAGCAGCAGCAGGAGCGGCAGCAGCAGCAGCAGCAGCAGCAGCAGCAGGAAGGAUCCCCAUCACCUCCGAAGAGCAAAAGCAAGGCAGCUGCCAAAGAAGAGCUGCAAAUGCUGGAGCAUUUCUUGAAGGAACAAAAGGCCCAAAUUCGGGCCGCCAGAGACACUCGCCGAUGGGAAGGAGACCCCAGAAAGCAGCCGCAAGCACCUCCCCGCGAGACGCAGCAGCAGCAGCAGCAGCAGCAGCAGCAGCAAACAAACACACCGGACAUUCUCAGCAAGAAGCAGCGCCACCGGCAGCACCAAUUUGGCCCCCCUUCCCCCCAGACGAAAAGGGAUUUGAAGCGGCAGCAGCAGCAGCAGCAGCAGCAAUUGCAGCAGCAGCAGGAACAGCAGCAGCAGCAGUAG